AUUUUAUCACUUUGGGUCAUGGUUUAGAUCUGAUACAGUCUCUAUAGUUCUUCAGUCUUUCAGGCUUUUAAGCUAGACAAUAAUGGCAGUGGAGCAGGAUAAGACCAUGAAAAAAUCAAGAAGCUUUUUCUCAUCAUGGAUUCUCUGCUCCUUGAGAUGCUUGCCCAUCACUACUUCUUCUUCUUCCACCAAUUCGUCAUCAUCCUUACCUCCAUCCCCAACCAAAAACCGACCAGAAGGUCAAGAACCCAGCUCAAUGGAAGCAGCCCAACAACCUCAGAGAAAGCAUGGUGGCUGGAAGACCAUGCCCUACAUUCUAGGGAACGAGACGUUUGAGAGACUAGCCUCGUUUGGGUUGCUAAUGAACUUCAUGUUGUAUCUGGUCAACGUGUUUCAGUUGGAUCAAGUAUCCGCCAUUAACAUCAUCAACAUCUGGUCUGGUACCACUAACUUCUCUCCCUUGCUUGGUGCCUUCAUCUGUGAUGCUUACCUCGGCAGGUUUCGCACUUUGGCCUUCGCCUCUGUGGCCUCUUUCCUGGGACUGGCGGCUCUAACUCUAACUGCGGUGGUUCCGGCAUUGCAUCCAUCCACAUGCUCCAAGCAAAGCAAGCCAUGUUCGGGCCCCACCACAGGUCAGAUGGGCUUCCUAACGUUGGGCUUGGGCUUUCUGACGAUUGGAACGGCCGGGAUCCGGCCGGCCAGCAUACCCUUUGGGGUGGACCAGUUUGACCCCACCACAGAAGAGGGAAAGAAAGGGAUUAAUAGCUUCUUCAAUUGGUCCUACACAAGCUUCACUAUAGUCAUCAUGAUCUCUGUCACACUUAUCGUCUAUAUUCAAUCAAGCAUCAGUUGGGCCUUGGGCCUGGGCAUCCCUACGGUCUUCAUGGGAUUCUCCAUCAUGCUGUUUUGGCUUGGCACGCGACUGUACGUCUAUGUCCCACCAGAGGGCAGUGUCUUCUCCGGCAUCGUGCAAGUUUUUGUUGCCGCCUUCCACAAGCGUCACCUUAAGCUACCACCUAGAGAAGAGCUCCCUGGGCUUCUCUAUGAUCCUCCCAUGAAAGCAGCCACUGUGUCAAAGCUUCCUCUCACACAUCAUUUCAGGUGCUUGAACAAAGCUGCGAUAGUGGUAGAUGGAGAUUUAAAACACGAUGGAUCACAUUUGAGCUCAUGGAGGCUCUGCAGCAUCCAACAGAUCGAAGAGGUUAAAUGCUUGAUUGGAAUUGUGCCGAUAUGGACUUCUAAUAUCAUCUGCUUCCUUUCCAUCGCCCAACAGGGGACCUUCACGCUCAGUCAAGCUUUGAAAAUGGACCGCCACCUUGGACCCAAAUUCCAGAUCCCCGCAGGUUCUAUGGUCAUCAUAUCAAUGUUCACAUUGGGUGUAUGGGUUCCAAUCUAUGAUCGGAUAGUUGUUCCAUCACUUCGAAGAAUCACCAAACACGAAGGUGGCAUCACCCUUCUCCAGAGGAUUGGAAUUGGAAUGCUGUUCUCGAUCCUAUCCAUGUUGGUUGCUGGCAUUGUUGAGGAGAAGAGGAGGGCUUUGGCCAUCAACCACGCCCAGACAAUGUCGGUCUUUUGGCUUGCUCCUCAGCUUAUCCUUAUGGGCUUAUGCGAGGCUUUCAAUAUAAUUGGACAGAUCGAGUUUUAUUACAAGCAAUUCCCCGAACACAUGAAAAGCAUUGCCAAUUCGCUACUCUCAUGCACCAUUGCAGGGGCAAAUUACCUAAGUAGCUUUCUUGUGGUGAUCGUGCACCACAAAACUAGAAAGCACGGCCAUGAUUGGUUGGACAACGACAUAAAUGCUGGGAGGAUUGAUUACUUCUAUUUCCUAAUAGCAGCUCUGGGUGUCUUCAAUUUUAUCUACUUUCUGAUAUGCGCACAUGGAUACCGUUACAAGGGCAGUGUGCAAGUUGCAGGAGAAGAUGGGCAUGCUGAUACUGAAUUAAACUCAACCAAGCACUUGAGUUAUUAGAUUAGGUUGAUCUGUAUAGUGUUAAGUAUUGUCCUCCUCUAAAGCUGUAAUGUAUGUAGGAGAGGAGAGAGAGAGAGGGAUCCCUAUCUAGUUUCCAAGGUUGUAUUUCUAAUCAAAAGUUGUAGCCACAUGGCAUAGAAAGUAGAAUCACCUAAGACAUACUUUUCAACAACAAUAUUUGUCUUUGUUA